AUGGAAGCCAGGAUGGGAGUUCUCAUGAUUAUUAUUGGCAUGGUGGCAAGUUUAGCUUCUGUAGCUUAUGCAAUUCCGGGGACAGCCACUUUCUAUACACCCCCCUACAGUCCAAAUGCUUGCAUUGGCGUCCGAGUCAAUGGGACGUUGCCGUUGAUAGCUGCUGCGAGUAACGUAAUAUGGGAUAACGGGGCAGCUUGUGGAAGAAACUAUAGAGUUACUUGCACUGGAACUAAUAGCGAAGGGAUCGCACAACCUUGUAGGGGUAGUGUUGUGGUUCAAAUAAUUGAUUACUGUCCUCCGGGUUGUCGAGCAACCUUUGAUCUCUCUCAAGAAGCAUUUGCUCUCAUUGCCGAUCCAAAUGCUGGAAAAGUCAACAUAGACUAUGAACUGUAA